CGCGGGCGCCUUUAAGAGGCUCGGGCCGCGGCCCACGUGUGCGAUCAGCUGAUGGUGACGCGCGGGGGAAACGCGCCCGUUCCUGGAGCAGCGGCGCUGCGGGCGGCGGCCGGGCCGGGUGGCUCAGUGCGGGCAGGGACAGCGCCGGAGCCCGCCCCCCGCGCCGCACAGCCGCUGCCCGCUGCCCGCGCCGGCACGAGCCGAGCCCAGCCCAGCCCAGCCCAGCCCUCGCCCUGGUACAUGGAUUACCUGAGAAUGUCUGAAUGUAUCCAGCUCUCAUUUGCUGUUUGUAGAAUUGGCAUUUACACGUGUUUUAGAGGACUUUGCUGCAAGGGACCACCUCCUCCACGACCCGAGUAUGACUUGGUUUGUAUAGGUCUCACGGGUUCUGGCAAGACAAGUCUACUGUCGCGGCUUUGCAGUGAGAGCCCAGAGAAUGUAGUGUCUACAACAGGUUUUAGCAUAAAAGCUGUGCCAUUCCAGAAUGCCAUCUUGAAUGUAAAGGAACUUGGAGGGGCUGACAAUAUCAGGAAGUACUGGAGUCGUUACUACCAAGGAUCUCAAGGGGUAAUAUUUGUGUUAGACAGUGCUUCCUCUGAAGAUGAUCUAGAAACUGCUAGGAAUGAACUGCAUUCUGCUCUUCAGCACCCGCAGUUAUGUACUUUGCCGUUUUUGAUAUUGGCUAAUCAUCAAGACAAGCCAGCAGCUCGCUCAGUACAAGAGAUCAAAAAAUAUUUUGAACUCGAACCACUUGCUCGAGGAAAACGCUGGAUUCUUAAACCCUGUUCCCUGGAUGAUAUGGAAGCAGUAAAAGACAGCUUCGCCCUUCUGAUAAAUUUGCUAGAAGAGAAAGACCUCGAGCCUUCAAGAAUGUGAAAAGCUAGGCAAGAAGACUGGUUGUCCAAUCAUCAUUGUACCUGUUCAUUCUGCUCACAGUUUAAUUUUGAUGUGGUAACAAGGUAUCCACUCUGUAUUAUGCCAUACAGUAAAUAAAUAUUUAGUGCAGGAUGUCUUUUUUAUUACAAUGAAUAUUCUGUCAAUCAGGUACAUGAUUAUUUCCAGUAAAGUUGUCUACACUACUGAAAUAGGGAGUUCCUCUUUGUUUACCACUAAUUCUGCACACUGCAUGUUGCUUUCAUUAAUUCAUUAAUGCAUUGCCAUUAAUCUGUCAUUGAUAGGGAAUUUUGCACGCACAAAAUCCAUCUCUAAAGGAUCAAUACUACCAGUUAUUUUUUCUGAAAGUAAUAGUGUCCUAAGAAUUUGUGGAUAUUACUUUGUUAGUCCAUGGGUCAGCAAACAAGCUGUCUGGAAAGCAUAGCCACUGAGCGCACCAGUAAAUUAUCUUUACAAGCCACCAGUGUCUUGUUGAUGCAGAGUUUAGACUAAAGCCUUACUGAAUGAAAUCACAAGUCGCUUGCUGGAUGAUUGCUAUUCAAACGUGUAAUUUUUAACCCUUUCAAAGAAAUGCCUACCCUUUUGUUGGGAGUUUCUUAAAAGGGAAAUGAAGGCACAAAGACAGUGUGCAUACAUAUCAGUAUUUGUUUCAUAUUUCUAAUUUUCUUGAGAACAGAGCCUACAUAAAACACAACCUAGUAGAUAAUAUUUUUAAAAAUUUAAAUAGGGUUAGUGAAGGUGAUUUAAGAGUAGCAAGAAUAAAUGUAUUUUAAGUCAGCACUGGAUGCAUUCUAUGGAUUUAGCCUGAAGUGUGACAGAUUUUAAAUAAGGGAUCUCCUUUAUCAUUCACUCAUAAAAUGCUAUGAUUAUCACAACUGUGCCAGCAUCUCUAGCCCAUGGCUACACAUUGGCCAGUGUUUCUAUAAUAAAUAACCCCUCUCUUUUCAAGAACUUGUCCUUAGAAAUUUGCUCUAGGCUGGUUCUAAAGAAAAACACAAUUAAAAAACAUGUAGAACAUAAACAGGGUUUAAAAAAUGGGGAAGAAAAAACACAAUUUAAUUUCAGGAUUCCUCUCACCUAACUUAACCCAAGUUUUCCGGGCUUAGAAGCAAUUGGGCAGUUGCAGAAUAAUUUUAACAAAUUGUUUCUGUUAAUUAACUUGUUGAGCCGCUGGUUCACAGUGGGUAUAUAUACAUCCACAGAACACAGAUACAUACCUUGGAUGAUGUACUUUGUGCAUUCAGCCACCCAAAUGCACAGAUAUCCAUCUAAGGUACACACUGCAGUGACUUGCCGUGGGUGUUACAAAUCCAUCUAGACUCUGCAUUUUUAUGUUUUGAAGAAUCCUCUUGAACAGUUUUACCAAGCUUUACUGAACAGCAUAUUCUUCCACUUUUAAAGUUUAUUCUUUAAUAUUUUUAAAAAUAUACUUUGUUAACUAAAAUAGAUUUUUGUACCUUUUUACAUUUUAAGUUUCCUUGACCUUAGUGGGUAGCUUCUUCAGUGUAAACUGCUUCCCUGCAGCCCAUUUUGAGGUAAGGAUGUGGUCUAAUGGUUCCAACUGCAACUCACUGUCUAUUAUCAAAAUGAUAUUGGAGCUAUUGAGCAGUUCCUAAUUUUAUUCUAUAAUAGAGACCAAGAAUUCCAGUAACCAAAGCACCAGAGUCUGCUCCCAAAGGGGUCCCUAAGCUUGUUUGCCUUUUCUUCUCUUCUGCCAUCACUUAAUCCUGUCCUUCCUCAAAGCCUCUCUUUUACAGAUACCCAAAAACUUGAAAUGGUUAUGUUUUAAGGACAAAAUUAGGAUCCCAAAGUCAGCUCACUGAGGGGCUAUGAGCUGAGGCACUGGAAAAUGCCCUUAGUUCCUGGUGUCCACCUGUGGUGGACCCCCUUUAUUUGUUCUGAAGAUGCAUUAAGAUCUUAGCCAGAGUUCCUGCUCUUCCCUUCCAAGCUGCAUAAACAGCUUAAAAUUCCCAGGUUUCUGCAAAAGAAGCUGAUUUGAAGAGGGACUAUAGUAGGGAAGAUGAAUUUGGGGUAGCAGGGAAGGAAAGCAGCUUUGGGGGACAAGGGAAGAGGCAGGAUUAUAAUUUUUUUUGUUUUUCAAUUGGAAAUAAGAUGGUGGAAGGUAUAAUUGCUUUACUAUUUUCUCCCUUCUUCCUAAUCUUAAAAGCAAGCUCAUAGCCCAACUCCACUGGCUUCUUCAGAGCUAUAUCCACCAUAUUGAGCAGUGAAUUUGGCGCAACAAAGAUAGGGAUUUUGAUUUCGUUUUGACCAUAAAGUUGCUAUGCACCACUGGAAGGUGCUACAAGGCCAUGACAUCGAAAGGCUCAGUUAGCCAAUGAGAAUGUGACUUUGGCCAUACUUUGAUGUACAGUAGAAUAGGACCUUUUGAUGUUUAAUUCUUUUCUUUAGAAAAAUGCCACAUGAACAGGAGUAGUGAUUUAUUCUUUAAUAAUGAUUUUCAGUAUGCAUAUUCUUAACUGUUAUAAUCACUUCAUGCUCCAGGUUGAAACAAUACCUCGUAACUGCUUAAGGAUUUAAGACAGAUGCUUAACUUUACUUUGAAUGUAGUUCUUCUUUGCUUCUGUGUUGUGGCUUUAAAUGGAUCUCUAGCUUGUAAAUGGUUAAAUACUUUCACCUUUUUAUGGAGGGAUUAAAACAAUUCAUAGCAGUUUAUAUCACACUUUAGACCAAAAAAAGUUCUUGAAUAUUCUUAAUGCGGUGGAAUCUAUGAACACCGCAGUUUUUAUUCAGAUGACCAAUCUCAAUUACAGAUUUAUCUUUUUCUGUGCAUUCAUCAUUUAGAUGAAAUAAAGUCAGUCACUAGGAGCCACUUUUCAUGUAAGUUCAUUAAACAGUGAAUAUUGUCUUUUUUUAUAAAGAUAUUGUGCUUCAGUGUGCUUUAACCAUCUGUUAAAUUACUCUGUGCGUGCGUGCGUGCGUGCGUGCGUGCGUGCGUGCGUGUCCACAUUGGGCUUCUUUUCAGACCUGUGACUGUCUUCAGUGUCUCAGUAGUCAGAAUGAAAACAUUAUCAAUCAGUAUCCAGCAACAGCUGUUUUUGACAAGCUUCUGUCUGACGCCUAAUACUUUACAACUGUCAGUAAGACUCCUCCUUCGUCUACCAGUUCUGAGCUGGUCAUCCUUUUGCUUCCAUGUUAUGUCCUGUACUUGUACUUCUAGAAUUUGCAAGGUUUUUUGGAAAUCUUCUAGUGUUUUGAUAGUCUUUCUUGCUGUAUAAUGUGCCAUGUGUGUGUGUCUUAGUUUGCAUAGUCUAAUGUUCUAUACAAAAAAAAUCUGUGAUGUGUUAUUUCAUUUAGCUUCUUGAUUUUGUCAUAUUUAUAGAAGUUACAGAUUUUUGUACCUUAUUAGCUAAUACAGUUGCCUUUUUGUAAUGGCAAUUAAUUUAUAUUACAAAAGUUUGUAUCUUUACUGUAGUUGAGAGUAUUGGUUCAUAGUUAACUGCCAUAUUAUCCUGACUUUAUACUAAAAACACAGCCUCUAUACUUAGUAGUUGACCCCCUUCAUGUGGACAACUACCAGACAUGGGGAAAUUGUACUGUCUGUGAUUUAUACAUGAUUUCCACUAUCAAAAAAAAAAAGAAAGAAAGAACGAACGAACGAACGAAAAUAAAAGCUGAGUAGAGUUGAA